UGCAAAGACGUCAGCUCACAGCUGUGUCAUAUUGUUUUCAUUUAUUUUGUGGUUGAAACUUGAAAUAAAGAAGUCUUCGUUGUAGAGAUUCGGAAUAAUUUAAUUAGUUUAUGUCCGUAGAUAUGUGAUUAAUACAAAAUGUCUAAUAUAAAGUUUGAGUGUCUGAAAGAUACCGUGACGGUGUUAAUAAACGCUGCCGGUGAUAAUGAGAAUUCCGUAAACAACGUCGUGAUAAAAUCAUUGACGAAAAUAGCCAACAGUUAUCCCAAUGAAGUGAUUGCAAUAUUUUGCGAGUUUUACAAGAACACUGUCAAAGUGAAUCCUCCACAGCUGGGUAAUAUCGUAAAAGUUCUAGAGCAAACAUGCGUGAACCAAGUAAAGAAACUGGAACCCCAAGUAGCUUCGGAUCUAGUCAAUUCCAUGCUUCGAGCCAUGAUGGAGAAUGUAAACUACGAGCCCCUGGUGCAGAUGGGAGCUUCAGCUGUACUAGUGGCGGUGGGCCAUGAGCAUUUAGAUUUGGUACUCCGAGCCCUGAUCAACCAGCUGUCGCCAGCGUCUGUGCCGCAUUACACAGUCCCCCAUACCCUGGGCACACUUGCAGCAGUCAAUACCCAUGGCGUCGUACCCCAUAUCAAAGAGAUCCUCAGCAAAAUGCUCCCACUCCUGUCUUUAGUCAAGCAGGACGGUCUUAAACAAGCUUUUGCUUACGCAUUCGGCCAUUUCGCAGUAGCUGUGAGCGAACAAAUCGGUGACAACGUAGAAAACGGAAACAUCACAUCAAUAAAAGAGAAUUUCGUUACUGAAUUCUCAAUAAUCUUCGAUGUGCUUUACAACCAAUGGCUUCCCUCCUACGAGCCUAAAGUAUCUGAAUCAGUACUAGAAGCCCUAGGACCUAUCACCAGAUUAAUAUCUGAACGUCAAUUCAAUGAAUCAGUAAAUAAAUUCGUUCUUUCAUUGCUCGCUUUGUAUAAAAAACCUAAUAUAAAUUACUACUAUGUCAGUCAAUGUAUAUCGUAUUUGCUGUCUCCGUCGUCGCUGAAUCCAAAGCUGACCCUAAACGAUAACGUUAUCAAUUCUAUAAAUCAUAUACUUUUUAAUUUGGUGCUUCUUGAGCCGGAUUACGAUCAGCCUCAAUCAGUAAAGAAUCAUUUUGAAGUCCUUCGUUGCUUUGAUCACAUGGCUGGUCAGUUCCCUGAACAGACAAUUGAAAGUCUUCUUCAUCAAUGCAAAAACAACCAGGAGAAAGAUAGAAUGAAAGCUGUCAUCAUUCUGACUCACUUAACGACAUCAUCGCAGGUUUUCAUUGAUAAUUAUGCGAAUAAAUUCAUUACUCUCCUGAAAGUGAUGAAUAACAUGGAACAUGGGUUGAAAAUGAAGAAGCUUCUAGUAAAAGCGAUUGUAGGUUUGGUAUAUAGAAACUGUAUUACCACAACAGAAGACUUUACAAUGGUAGAAUUUAUAAUUAAACAUUGUGGAUAUGAGGGAACGGCAAAUUCAUCUAAAUAUGAGCUGUCAGACUUGCACGAUACUUGCAAAAGUUCGUUAAUACUAAUGUGUAACACUGUAACGAGUAUAAGAACUCAGUUGCGGAAUUUAUUGCUGAACGCUUUGACUAUAGAAGAUUUUACAGCGUCAAUGUCAACAGUAUCGCACUGUUUGACCUCGUUACUUCAAAAUAAUUCGGGUGUAAUAGACGAACAAAUGGAGAAAGAAAUAGAGAUGAAGUCUUCCCCAGAUUUGGUGUUCGUACGAACCAUAAUGCACAUUGUUGACCCAGAACAGAAAGAAAGGAAUAAGAACUUGCUAGUUUUCCUUGAAGAAUAUUCAGGAGAUGUUCAUAAGAAUCUGAAAAACUCUUGGACUGUUGAAAUACAAAGGCUGCUGAAGUUUGUAGACAAAAGCGAAUCGAAAGGACAAUGGCACAGCAUGUUGUUAGAUUUGCUAAUGUCUGCUGUGGAACAAGUGAAUAGCAAUAAAUGGGUAGAGAACAUAGCCACGUUGAUAUCACAGCAAAUACUGUUGAAAAAACAAUCAACAAUGAUUAAAGGAGUAUCUCUGCAAUAUCUCGCAGUUUUAUCGUGCCACAUGUCCAACGCUGCCAUUGUUGAAAAAGUACUUAAAAUAAUUUUACUUGCGCUGAAAUCUAUUCCGAUGGAAAGCUGCGAAUACGUCAGUAAAGCUAUUGGCAUUGCCUCAAGACAGCACGGGGAGUUUGUUAUGAAUGAGCUCGAUGCAAUUUAUAAAGAAAACGAAUCUAAAAGGGGAAGUAAAAUAUUAAAUUUCUUGUCGUCAAAGAAUUCUAAAAGUGAACAAGAGUUUAACGUUGUAAAAUAUGCAUUGAUAAGUUGUUACGGUACAGUGGCAUCGGAGUGCUUAGACGUUCACGUCUUGGCAAGGUUAGGUGAUAAUGUUACGUCGAUUUUGUAUGAUAUUUUGAAGUCUAACCCAUCAUUUGAUCUUUGUAAAGCCAGUGUUACCACACUAUAUGAAAUAAGCAAGGCGCUGUAUCCUGCAUCACAUCACAACAUCGCUUUAAGGAAUCGUUGGCAGCUUCUGAAUGGAGUAUUGGAACAAAUAUACAACUCCAACCUUGAUAAAAGAAACGUUGAGCUUUAUCCAAUAAUAGUGAAAGCAUCUAAGGCAUUAACCAAGCUUCAAAAAGGAAUAUUGCCGGAAGAAAGAAAUACUAUACUACGAGUUUUCUUUAAUAGCAUCUUCGGAGAACUCUCUUCCUUUAAGCGUAAAUAUGAAAUAGAAGGAAAUGGAGAUAAGAAUGACAUACUAGCAAAAACUUUGAACGACAGCUUGACUUUACUCCACCAGUUGAUUAAAGAACUGAUUAUCCAGUCAACUUGCUUGAGCACUAUCGAUGAUCUCGUGGGACUAUUGAUCGACUGGCUCAGACAUGAAAAUGAUGAAAUUCGAACGGCGUCAGCUCUCAUAAUGCAGGUCAUAUUCGAAACGUACAUCAAAAACGUGAAACUUAACUAUGAGACGCCAAGCAAGUUUGGUCAAAUGGGUUAUUUGUUAGGGUUGGUGGUUCCCGGAAUAGCUGAUACUAAUUUCGCAGUGAGAUUAACUACUAUCGACUGCAUUAAGCUGAUCGUUCAGAUCCAAGACUUGUACGAAGGCCACACAACAGAGCCUGACAAUGAAUGCCUAAAUAACUUAUCACAUCUUCAAAACAACGUACUCACGAAUGAUUUGAAUAUGAUCAGUGACUAUUGUAUGGUGCUGUGUGAUGCUGUAUCUCCUAAAAUCCCGCAUCACCACACAAUGCAAUUUAUAGAAAGUUUACUCGAGAGUUAUGAUAACCAAGAGUUCAAGAGUGUUGGUAUUAGUGCGGUUUUGGACGCGCUUUUUAUGAAGAAAGGCCAAGAUCUGUUCCAGAGUAUAGAGAGGAUUGUGGAGGUCAUGUUGGCUACGGUAGAUGCUGUAGGGGAAGAGGCAAGGAUAAGGCUGAUGAGACCUCUUACCUCACUCAGUCAGCACCAUUCAAAUGCCGUUACUGCAGUGCUUUUGUCCCAGAAGCUGCCAUUGAAACCGAGUGUAGUGUCCUGCUGGAGGUAUCUCGCCAAAGAUGAGGCUUUAACUUCUGCGAUCAUGGACAACUUCCUUCGCCUCAUGACCUCUGUAGAGCUGUACGAGGAUCCUUACCAUGUUACCGAAAACCACGUCGCAGCACUCCAGCCUUUGACGGUUCUUAGUGCAUUGGGCGAGAUGCUGCAAGAACCAACAAUGAAGCAGACGUGCAUCUCCAAAUUCUCUGAUCUAUUCUCUGUAUUGUACACGAGCUUGGCCUGCUACAUUGAGGCAGAGCCGCCGGCGUACUCUCCGCCCGUCAACCGCACGCAGGAACGCUUUGGAUUCAUUCCCAACAGGGAGGCCAUAAGACUCUCUCCGGCUAAGAUCACCGUGAAUACCUUCAAUGCUUUCCUGGACAUGGCAGAUUGUCAAAAAGUGCGUGAAGCGUGCUCCCUGUGCCUGAGCAUCGAGCACGGCGACAGCUCGAACACGCUGCUGGAGCUGGCGCCGAUCCUGAGCGGCGCGCUGUGCCGCGAGUGCCCGCCGCAGCUGGCGCGGCUGGUGUCGCGCACGGCGCAGUACGCGCGCUCGCCGCUGCCGCCGCAGCGCCGCGCCGCGCUGGCGCUGCUCGCCGGCUUCCUCAAUUACAGGUGCAACGACAACAUGGUCCUGAUCGAGACCGUGCUGUCCACCCUGAGCAUGGGCUGGAAGGACGAGAACAACCGCGUGCGAGCGACGAGCCUGCGCGGCGCCGCCAACACCGCGCGCCUGCGCGCACACACGCGUGCGCAGGCGCUGCCCGCCGCGCUGCAGGCGCUCAGCCAGGGCGUCGACGCCGCGCCCGCGCAGCCGCCAACGGACAACGUGCCUUUAGCCGCGAUACAAGGUCUGAGUCUACUCCUCACCGAGAUCGACGAACUCGAUAAAGAAUACGAUAGAGAAUUACUAUCGAUAACGCAGAAGAUCCGUCCGUUCAUGAACACAGACUGCGCGCAGCUUCGAGAACAUUCCAUACGCCUGUUCGGUAUAAUAGCCGGGCGGGUGGAGUCGGAAGCACUGGUUGAUCAGUCGGUGUCUUCACUGCCGUGCUUCUUGGUGCACUUGUGUGAUAACAAUCCUGCAGUUGUUAGGGCGAGCAAAUUCACUCUAAAACAAGUGUUCAAAACGUUCAACGUGAAGAAGUCCAACGACUUCGUCCAAACCCACCUGCUCGACGAAGGCAGGUUGUAUUUGGACGAGUUCCUCUCCGCCCUGCUGCGGCAGCUGGCUGAGGAGAUGCCUUCCAGCGUUGUGAAGUGUCUGCAGACAGCUGUCAACUAUCUUCACUGUGCUAGAGAUGAGAUGAAGCCGCAUCCGCCGCUGUUACUCGGUCUAUUAUACGCGGAGCUGUACCGGAUCAAAAGCAAAGACCCUGAGAAUGCAGACCUCGACCCUGACAUCACUCGCAGCGCUCGGACCCGCCUGCUCCAACUCAUAAAGGACCCCAACCCGGCCGUGCGGCAGAACGCGGCGCUCGCACUCGCCAACAUAUGUCUCAUCUGCGCACACGACGACGAAAAUGUCGACGGUUGAAAAGGUAAUGUCAGCGGUUAGAAUAGAGAUCAUAAUUGCUGUUACCAUAAUUUCGUGUGAUAUAUGGUUUAAAGAGAAUCGAUCAUAGGACUAAGUAAGUGUGUUAGGUUUUCUUGGCUGGUCGACUUAAAUAUUAAUUGGCAAUAAAAAAUUAUAAUCUUCCCUUGAAUAGUGUAGAAAGUUGUAUUUAGAGAAAUAAUUCGAAACACGUCGUGUGAUUUUAUUCUUCUAAGUUGAAA